CACGAGCAGAGGGCAAGUGCAUGGAUGACGUCCGUCCAACGUCCUACCAUCCAAGCUAGGUGCUCUAACUACCUACAUACACAGCUUUCCUUUUGUGAUACAUGGUAGCUAUGGAACUACCGUGGGCUAUCGAUACGACACGAUACAUACGAUACAUAACGGGAGACUGGGGGAGAAGGGCAGAUGGGCAGAAGGGGAGACAUUACGCAACGGUGCUUGGUGCUUGGUGCUUGGUGCUGGUGCUUGGGGCCCCGGGGGGGCCGCGAAUGCGAUACCGUAGAUGCCUGGUUAGCCCUUCCUUUCUUUCUUCCUUCCUUCCUUCGGAUGGAAGCUAGAGUACCUAGAGGAUGGUUUUUCGACGGUGGUUUCGCCCUGGAGUCGAGUCUUCAGGAUGAUGGAGCGUGGAGCACGGGCUCCACCUCCUCCUCUCUCGUUGGGUGGAUUCUGACAUCCUGUCGGUGCAUACGGUAGGGUGUACAGGAGCUGCUUACGACGACGACGGCGGC